AUGAGAACACUGGUACCACUUCUCUUCGUGUUGAUCGCCGUUUGCGCGGCACAACAAACACUCGAUGAGAAGGUUCAAAACCUUGUCGAUCUGACCACACGGCAAUCAAUUGUCAAAUUCAACAUGGACAAAUGGAAGAAUCUCGUUCGAAUGCAGCCAAGAAACUACUCGAUUAUCGUCAUGUUCACCGCACUUUCGCCAGGUGUUAACUGCCCGAUUUGCAAACCAGCAUACGACGAGUUCAUGAUUGUCGCCAACUCGCACCGCUACGCCAGCACCGAAUCCGACCGCCGUAAGGUGUUCUUCGGAAUCGUCGACUACGAAGAUGCUCCACAAAUCUUCCAACAAAUGAAUCUCAACACUGCCCCAAUUCUCUACCAUUUCGGACCAAAACUCGGUGCCAAGAAGCGUCCAGAGCAAAUGGAUUUCCAGAGACAAGGAUUCGAUGCUGAUGCGAUCGGAAGAUUUGUUGCUGAUCAAACUGAAGUUCAAAUCCGUGUGAUCCGCCCACCAAACUACACGGCUCCAGUUGUAAUUGCUCUUUUCAUUUUGUUGCUCCUCGGAAUGUUGUACAUGAAGAGAAACAGUUUGGACUUCCUUCUCAACAGAACUAUGUGGGGAUUCGUGUGUCUCGCCAUCACUUUCAUCUUCAUGUCCGGUCAAAUGUGGAAUCAUAUCCGUGGACCACCAUUCAUGAUCACCAAUCCACAAACCAAAGAGCCAUCGUUCAUCCAUGGAUCAACUCAAUUCCAGCUCAUCGCUGAGACUUAUAUCGUCGGACUUUUGUACGCUUUGGUCGCUAUUGGAUUCAUCUGUGUCAAUGAGGCUGCUGACGCGUCGAAUUAUAAGGAGAAGAAGGGAGGAAGUGGAAAGAAGACCGCUGGUGUAUUCUCUUUGUUCAGUAUUCCAGCUAAUACCCUCGCCAUCGUUGGACUCGUCUUCAUCUGCAUUUUCUUCUCGUUCCUCCUCUCCGUAUUCCGCGCCAAGUACCGUGGAUACCCAUACUCUUUCUUGUUCUCUUAA